UUGAACGCUCAGAAUCGUAUGCUACGAGAGCAAAGCUUUCUGGUAUUCCCUCAUUGUUUUGAUACAAGCCGAGGUUCUCACUGGAUUCUCUCGGUCAAUUUUGUUUUAAUGCAGCUUGCUGUCAUUUUCUCCAACGUUGUCGAGCGAUGCAGAAACGCCCAUCUGCAAUAAUUCUUCUGACCUUCGCCUCCUCUGCACACCGAAGCGUAUUCCUUGGAUCCAGCGAUGCGGGGAGCGUUCUGACUUUGACUGUCAGUUGAAUUGGCAUUUAUUUAACGUGAAGUGCCUACCUACAAUCUAUUCUACCGAUUUAACGUAAUAUUUUUAAUAAUCACGACUGAAGCAGAUGCCCCUGGUUCUGUCACCCCUGCUAUACUAUGUUGGAAUUUCCAUCUCUCAUUCCAUAUUGGCCUCUCAUCAGCUUUCUGGUGCCUAUGGCUAUUACCAAUGUAGCCAUCGACCUCGGUGAACAGGCUCUAAACCGGGGUUUAGCAGGCUUUAAAGAGGAUGCGGUUGAGAUGCUUGCCAGCUAUGGGCUGGCCUAUUCGCUAAUGAAGUUCUUUACUGGGCCCAUGAGUGAUUUCAAGAACGUGGGCCUGGUGUUUGUCAACAGCAAGAGGGACCGGGGCUGUGCUGUGCUGUGCAUGGCGGUAGCAGGCACUAUGGCAUUCAUCAUCCAUGUUCUCAUCGCCCAAACAGACCUAGGCUACUACAUUAUCAAUAAGCUGCAUCAUGUGAACGACUCCGUGGGCAACAAGACCAGGAGGGCUUUCCUCUACCUGGCAACUUUCCCACUACUGGACGCCAUGUCUUGGAUACAUGCUGGAAUCCUCCUCAAGCACAAAUACAGUGUCAUUGUAGGCUCUGCCUCCAUUUCUGAUGUCAUCACCCAGAUUCUGUUUGUGUCCUUCCUGAUGCAUAGUAACCUGCCGUGUGUGGAGCCCCUUCUCAUCCCCAUCCUCGCCCUGUACAUGGGAGCCCUGGUGCGCUUCGUCAUCGUGGGCCUGGGCUACUACUACAACAUUCACGACAACAUCCCGGACUCCAGUGGCGUUGACGUAGGGGGAGAUGUCACCAUCGGGAAGAUGUUGAGUUUCUGGUGGCCUCUGGCCCUCAUCCUGGCUACCCAGCGGAUCAGCAGGCCCAUCGUCAACCUGUUCGUGUCCCGGGACCUCCAUGGCAGCAGCAUAGCUACUGAGGCUGUGGCUGUCCUCACUGCCACCUACCCUGUGGGUCACUUGCCGUACGGCUGGCUGACCGAACUGAGGGCCGUCUAUCCUGCUUUCGACCAGACCAAUCCCAGCAAUAAGCUUACUUCUGACACACCGGUUACAAAGACGCAUAUCAAAAAGUUUACAGCCUGUUGUUUGGCAAUAUCACUUACGAUCUGCUUCAUGGUGUUCUGGACCCCUCACAUCUCGGAAAUGAUCCUGGUGAAUGUGAUUGGGGUGGAUUUGGCCUUCGCUGACCUCUGUGUUCUUCCACUGAGGAUCUUCUCCUUCUUCCCUCUGCCAGUGAUAGUCCGGUCCCACCUGACCGGUUGGUUCAUGACCCUGAAGAUGACCUUUGUGCUGGCCCCCAGUUCUGUGCUCCGCAUCAUGGUCCUCAUCACCAGCCUGGUCAUGUUGCCUUCUAUUGGUGUCCACGGGGCAACUCUGGGGGUUGGGUCCUUGUUGGCUGGUUUCAUAGGGGAGUCUAUCAUGGUGGCCCUAGCUGCCUGCUAUGUCUAUCAAAAACAGAAAAACUAUGAGAUGGCUAACAAGCUGGUGGAGGGAGAGGAGUCUGUUCCUCCGAGUGAGGUGUGUUCCAGAACUCAGAAGGACGCCAUCGAGGAGCUCCAGGAGGAACAUGAGUAGAGGCACUCGGAGGGAAGGGGACAGGAGAAAAUGGAGCUAAAAGCUAUAGAGAAAGGGAAUUCCAGUGGGUAUUUCCUAAUACCGGACCUGAGAGAACAACUGAGGGGAUCACAGAGUCCUUAACCUUUUACACUCAUACUCAUAUACUGGUUGAAAAGUGUAGGUCUGGGCACUAAUAAGAGCCAGAAUUGGAAUGUUGUGGCUGUACAGUAACAUGCUAUAUAUGAUGUCACAGCGCUGUAUGGGUUUUGACUGACAGCCAUUCUGAACUUGAGCACCCUGUGCGACAAGAAGUUGCCCCCAUCCCUCCUGAUAAUUGGGCAACUCUUGCAAUUUUUGUCCGAAUGCUUUAAAUGAAAAUGACUAUUUUGAAAGAUGAGAUGAGGAUUAUAAUAAAUGUCGCUUUGAUGUCAAACCAGCAACCCGAACAACUUGUCCAAAUUUGCACUUCACAUUUCCAAAUAAUAAAAUAUAUGUAAUAUAGUGUCAACGUUCAUGAUCACUGUUUGACGUGCAUUUACAAUAUGACAUGGUGCCACUCUCUGGGUUGUGCUGAACAGAAUGAGCCUAUGUUUGUUUAUUGUGAAGAAAAUGUGCUGCUGUACAUGAACCUGAAUGCACUCAUGACUCCUUUCUAUGCGCACCAAAAUUACCAUCUGUUUCUCUGAAUUGCCUUGUAAAAGCCUAACACUGUAACAGCGUGUUUUAUAACUUCACUAGUCAUUGGCAAUGGGACAAGCUUUCAAAUCAUGCCCACCUCACCCAGAUUGUGAUUUAUGGAUUGUUUUUGGAUUGCGUAAACAGUAAUUGUGUGAUGGUGGGGAUGCAGGGUUGUUCCAAACAAAACAAUUGCAGGUGUGCUUGCUCUAGUUCCUCAACGGCACAUCUAGGAGAACUUAAAAAGUACCUUAUUGUUGGAGACUUCUUUGGCUGCGUUAAGUCAUCCCAAUUCUGAGAUCAGCUGCGAAAAAGGAAAAUAACUGAUGCGAUUGGUCAAAAGACCAAUCAGUGGAAACAUUUUCAGAAUUGAGCUGCCUGUGUAAACGCAGCCUUAGUCAUGAAUGGGCAUUGAAAUGGCUGUGCCCACUUUGGAAAGGAGUGGCCACCUGAACCUAUAUUAUACCUGUCGCCAAAAUGCCCUUCGUCAUGAUCUUGACUUGAUGUCUUGAUCUUGACCAUUUACACUUUUAAGAUCUGGUCACAAUCGGAUCACUGUAUUUUAAUCCUAUUCAUGUCUAAAAAUGUGGGCAAGAUCAGGACAAAAUACAAUGUUAGCACCAGGUAUAAACUGGAAUAUGGACUCAAGUUGGUACUCACUCAAACCCUUGUAAUUGUUUUGUCUUAUGGUCUACCUAACCCACAUUUUCCAGGAAUAGUCUUGUUACUCAAUAUGUUCAAGUUGUUUUUUUCAUGAUCAACAAAUGCUGCAAAAGUACAGUAAAUGUGAAAUGCACAAA